AAAGAUGAUAGCGCUAAUCAACAAACUGCUGGACUGGUUCAAGGCGCUCUUCUGGAAAGAAGAGAUGGAGCUGACCCUGGUGGGGCUGCAGUACUCCGGGAAAACGACCUUCGUCAAUGUGAUAGCGCAUGAAAAGGCCGUUUUGGAGCCCUUAACCCCCCAACAUUGGUGCUGUGAGCAAGGCCGGAGGUAGGGUUUGAUGUCUGGUGUUAGAGGAUCUAUCACCCCCCUCCUGUCGGAGUGACCUUCCCUCCCCUGUCAAACAUCAGCUGAGUCCCCCCGCUUACAUCCACCUCAUGUACUUCCCGUGCAACAUUUCAUUGUUGGGUGACCCACUAACAUAGAUCUUUACCUUUCCUCCAAAGAGAUAUAUUUUUUGGAAGUGUUGGCCUUCCUUUUAGAAUCUGAAAUGCAGACUCGAGCCUGACUACUGCUGGAUCUUUGAGGCAGACAUCCGUUUUGAAGACUUUAGAUCAUAACACAUUGCCCAAUAUUAACUUUUUUAAUAGUAGGGAUGCAACUAUCCAAGUUUUCUCUCCUGGUACAGAUUCUGAUCGCUCGGCUCUCUAUUUACCAAAUGUAAAAUGUGUCUUCUCAGUGUGUGUGGAGCUCCUGUUGUGUCUGACAGCAACAACACAAACUAAAGAACAGGUUUUAAUGUGGAUCUGUGACAUCCGAUCCUUUAUUAUAAUUUAUCUCUAUUUCUGAAAUGCAGUUUGUGGUGCGGAUCAGAGCCCCACUGGAUUCUUAAAAUGUUUAAAAAACAUGAUAAUGAUAUGUUGUCUGAUGUUUGCUCGGCCUCCGGUGUCGCUGCUCAUAGGCUUCUUACUACUUUUUAAAGUUACUAUAAUUUUUGGAGAAAACAUAUAACAUUAUUAUAUUUGACUGAUACUGCGAUAUCAUUCUUAUUGGAGGGAAGGAUACUUCUUCAAUAUUUCAUCAUUAUUCUCAUGUUCAUUGAAUAAUAUAUUAAAAUGAUCUGUGAUCUGCACCAAACAGUUAUUUUUUCUUAACUCAGCAGAACAUGAUUUGCAGGCCGGAUGUCUCUGCAGCACCACGAUACUUAAUUCAGAAUGGUCUUUUGACACAUUAACAAAUAUUGCACCUCCUACAAUAUGGAUAUUGCACUAGUCAAUAUUGCGAUUUGGAUAAGAUCAGUUGUGCAGCCCCAUCUGUCCACUUAUCAAUCAUGCCGUUCUUUUGAGUCGCAAUGUUUCGCUCAGUGCUAUCGCUAACUAUAUUUCACUGGCCCAACCCUGCGCAACACUUCCUGGGUCCUCAGCAAUUCACCCAACAAGUGAAGUCAAUCGGAGGAACAGUAAAAACAACAACCAAAGGACAGACCGAGUUGUGAGCAGAGAGAUGACAGGAAGUGAAGGGAGGGAGAGACGGUAACGGCUGCACUGGAACCCAGGAAGCUGCAGCUGCCAUCUUAACCCCUCACUCACCCGGACACCGGGACCUUUGGCAUUUCUGUUCCAACAUUCCUGCUACAUAUCAUGCGACAUGCAAAUCAAUAAAGUGUGUGUGUGUGUGUGUGUGUGUGUGUUUCAGUCGGGCCAGUUCAGUGAAGACAUGAUUCCUACAGUUGGAUUCAACAUGAGGAAGAUCACGAAGGGCAACGUCACCAUCAAGUUGUGGGAUAUCGGAGGUCAGCCUCGCUUCAGGAGCAUGUGGGAGCGUUACUGUCGAGGAGUCAGCGCUAUCGUCUACAUGGUGGACGCAGCCGACCCAGAGAAGAUCGAAGCCUCCAAGAACGAACUCCACAACCUGCUGGACAAACCGCAGCUGCAGGGAAUCCCUGUUUUGGUUCUGGGCAAUAAGAGGGACCUGCCAGGAGCUCUGGAUGAGAAGGAGCUCAUAGAGAGGAUGAACCUGUCGGCCAUCCAGGACCGAGAGAUCUGCUGUUACUCCAUCUCCUGCAAGGAGAAAGACAACAUCGACAUCACUCUUCAGUGGUUGAUCCAACACUCCCGGACUAAGAGGAGUUCCUGAGAACAGACACGCCCCCCCAACAGAACAGGCCACGCCCACCUGUCCUAACACACACACUUGCUCUUUAAUCAAACCCCAUAACCCCCCCCCCCCCCCCCCCUCCAUCCACCCCAUCCUUGUAUUUAUACUUCCUACCCCCCAGGUACUCUCGCCCCUUGAGAUGCACUGAUACCUCAUUUUUGUUUUUUUUAUUGAAUAAAGUAUCAAACUGACCCAGAAGCAGAUCCAACAUGUCAGAAACCAAAGCACAGCCUCGGGACCAGCUUCCUGUUUCCUCGUGGGGACGAACGUGUUCGUGUCGUCGGGGUUUUAAAAUGAUUACUCACAAAUGUUCUGGCAUUUCUCGACAUGGAUGGAGAAGUGAGUUUAGAAGGAUUUGAAGAAGCGUCUUCAGUUCACCCGCACAUCAGCGCACACAGGAAACAGGAAGUGAGAUUCCCAGGAAAUGCUGUGAACCUCCAUUUCUGACCUUCAACUCUUAGUUCUGAAGGAGUUUACGUCUUUAUUUAUAAAGUAGCUGACGUGUCAUUUCACCCAAAUUACAGAACACAAACAUUAGUUAUAGGGAAUAUUUCCCCCGCUAGAAAAUACUCCCUGAAAACAGUCGACAGUAAGGUCUGUAGAUUAUCCAAAAACCAAAACCAUCUGCCUGGAUAGAUACGAGAAGCAAGAGAGAAAAUAUCUUCAUUUUGUAAUUUGUGUGAACUGACUCCGUGUUUGAUACUGACGACAGGAAAGUGGUAUCAGUGCGUCUUCACAGAUCCACACGACAGCUUCUGAUCCUGACCCAAACGCAGGUAAACUGUCGGCCAUUUUGACUUUUAAUCAUGAACAUAACCUGUAAAAAAAAGGCACUUCCAGUCAAGACACACUGAGCACUGCUAGUGGGAGCCUGUUGUGUGGAUCUUCCUCAAACGUUCCCAUGGUCCUCCCCUCCCCCACCUUCAUCGCCAGUAACCACAAAUCUGCCUUCAUCAUCAUCUCCCUCCUCGCUUUCCUCCUCUGUUGAUUUUCAUUCCUCCUUUCUCCCCGUCUACCUCCACAUUGCUCAUCCAUCCAUUCACACCUCCAUUAUUUCACAUUUCUAUAAUCCUGAGAAGCCCCUCUUCCUCCCUCGCCUGUCGUGAACUGCUCGUCCUCCUCGGUGUCCCCUCUCUCCUUCCUUCCUUUCUUAGUUUUGGAUGUUACCUUCUUUCUCUUUCCUUGUCGCCAAGCCCCGCCCUUCGCCGUCUCUCUCGCGCUCCUGCCGAGCGAGGGAUUAAAAACCUUUUUAUUGCACUGUUGAUUUUGGUUUUGUAAGAUAUUAAUAAUGAGAAUAAUGUUAAUAAUCUUCUUAUUGUGACAACCUGGUCUGUCCAGAUUUAAGGAAGUGGUACUCUAACUGGAGAAGGAGAAAUGUUUUUGUUUCUGUUCAUAUCUCUGUAAUAAGCUUUUUAUUUCUUAUUUGUUUUAUAUUGUUACCAUUUUUUUUUAUUGUUGUUAAUUUUCUUUUGACUUCACAAGUCGACUCUGGAUGUGAGUUGAGUGUUUUCUGCUCUGAGACGUCUGCUGAUUGGACCUGGGGUGUCAUGUGAUCAAAUGCACCGUUCACACAUCAUGUCGGAUAAAAUGGAGCGAUGUAAUUAAUUAAGCGUUGAAACUCCCACAUAUUAAAUGUUUAUUUUAAAAAUCGAUCUAUUUAAAAGUUUUCAUCCAUUUAUUUUCAUGAAACAAAACACGUUCUGGAUUUGUUUUCUGAUUAUAUGAGAAAACAAAAUCUCUUCAUCUCAAGACGCAACAUUAUAUGGAAGACUGGCAGCCAAUAAUAAAACAUUUUAAUUUAAUAUGAAUUAUUUGCAUUUUUUUGUUUCAUAGAUUGAAUGAAAAUGUCGUCAAAGGAUCAUUUUAAUGUUUGAACAUGAGAAAUUAAAUCACAAUGAGGAGGAAAGUGUGCAACUUUACUUUGCAUUUGUAUUUAAAUUACAUCCUGGUCAUAGAUCGUUUCUAAUGACAAUUAAAUACAAAUAGAUUUGUCAUAUUUCAUAUUUUGUCAAUUUCUGAAAACGAGACCUUGAAUGACGGAGAUUUUAGAAAUGAGCUAAAAUCAGGACACAAGUAAAGGUUGCACUUUGCCUGACCAUUUUUAAAUGUUCGAGUUCACAUUUAAUUUAAAUAAUAUUCACUGAUAAUUAUUCAAAUUUUAAUUUUGGUGGUAAUAAUUCAUUUUCAAACAAAGAAAUGACAAUUUGAUUUAAAAAUCUUUUAAUAUUGGCAGCCAUAGACUUCCACACCAAAUGGUGUUUACCAAAUGUUUGUAUUUAUGGUAAACCUGAUGGGAUUUUGGUUUAAGGAUUUAGACUGCUGACCCUGAACGAUGCUACACAAGGACAUGACUAUACAUUUAUUUAUAUAAUCAGAUUGUUGGAAUAUAUCUGUUUUCCAUCAGCUCAUGGUGAAUGUGAAGGAUCUUUUGUUUUUGUGUGUGAACGUUACCAUUUUCAAGCAUUAAAACCUUUAGCUAGCUAGUUAAGUAUCACAUUUAGUGUUAAAACAGCAUCGACUACAGAAAAACAAAGCAAGUAUUGAAGUGUAUACAGUUACAAAAAUAUAUUAAUCUAAUAAAAAUGUGGAGGUUUCAAAAUAAAUAUUGAAAACCAGAUGAAAGGGUUUUCAUCCAAAGAGACAAAACGUUAGCACGUACCGUCGUACAAAGAUCGCCGUUCGCAUUAUGCUUACAUCCUCACGCUAUUUUUACACUACUUAUAUGUUCCUGUUUGAUUCUUUUGCAAUAUGUUGGUCAGCUCUGUUCUCCUAUUGGUUCACAUCACGUUCUGACACGUCCUGGUCCUGACAGCAGCCAAUCAGAACGCAGAACAAUCGGUAAAAGGAAGGAAUGCUACUAUCUAUGUUAUUCUGUAGUAAGUUUGUUUUGUUUAAGAGCGGUCCAACUGUCAGCGUGUGUGGGAGAUUACACUUUUCACUGUCGGGCCAAACAAGGUCAGUCUGGCUUAAAUAAGGGCGAAGUACUCCAACAAUUCAAAGUCCACAUUUAGACGUGUAUAUGUAUAAGUACGCUCCAAAUGUCCAGUUCAGAAAUGUUCUCGCUCUGCCCGUUUCAUCAGUGAUGCUGCCCUCAACAACGCGACAACAAUCCCCAACAACGCGACAACGAUCCCCCAACAACGCGACAAUGAUCCCCCAACAACACGACAAUGAUCCCCCAACAACGCGACAACGAUCCCCCAACAACGCGACAACGAUCCCCCAAUAACAUGACAACGUUCCCCCAACAACGAUCCCCAACAACGCGACAGCGAUCCCUCAACAACACAACAACGAUCCCCCAACAACGCGACAACGAUCCCCCAACAACACAACAACGCGACAAUGAUCCCCCAAUAACAUGACAACGUUCCCCCAACCACGCGACAAUGAUCCCUCAACAACGCGACAACGAUCCCUCAACAACGCGACAACGAUCCCCCAAUAACGCAACAACGAUCCCCCAACAACGCGACAAUGAUCCCUCAACAACACAACAACGAUCCCCCAACAAUGCGACAACGAUCCCCCAAUAACACAACAACGAUCCCCCAACAACGCGACAACGAUCCCUCAACAACACGACAACGAUCCCCCAACAACGCGACAACGAUCCCCCAAUAACACAACAACGAUCCCCCAAUAACACAACGAUCCCCCAACAACGCGACAACGAUCCCUCAACAACACAACAACGAUCCCCCAACAACGCGACAACGAUCCCCCAAUAACACAAUGAUCCCCCAACAACGCGACAACGAUCCCUCAACAACACAACAACGAUCCCCCAACAACGCGACAACGAUCCCCCAAUAACACAACAACGAUCCCCCAACAACGCGACAAUGAUCCCUCAACAACGUGACAACAAGUAUUUUAGUUUUUCCUGAUGGUCACCUACAGUCACCUGUUAUGACUGAAUCCUCAAACAGAAGUGGUGAUUUUGAUAUGUAGUUUCCAGCAGUGAUGCUAAAGCUGCAACACGGUUGUUCCUCCCUCUGAAGCCCGACAGUGUAAAGCUGCUUAUUUCUUAAUAACUACCCCGAGCCGUUUAUCUGAGGGAGCUGUGUUCAUGAGCUGGAAGUACCAGCAGGCUCCCUGAGGAAACGACAAGAAGCACAAUUCACACCAAUUGGAUCAAAUAGCAUCGUUUUAAUUACAAGAAGUCAAAAUUAUUGUUUCGGAAAGUUACACAAAUUGACAAAAAUGAUUUUUUAUGUGCAUUUAAAUCCAGAAAAAACAAUAAGCGGAGUCUCGCUGGAACAGGACAGAUUGAAGCUGAAGUUUAAGUGUCACAGCAGAGCGACGCCUUCAGACGACGUCUGUUGGUAUUUUCUGAACUUGUUUAUCGGGUCGAACAUGUGAACCAAUGAAAUCUCCCCUUCAGCUCUGUUCUGAUUGGCUCUGGUCUUUUCUGUUUUGCAUGCUGAGGGCAGGAAUUGUUCUGUCUGUGGGACCUGAUGAAAUAACUGGUUAUUUUGCAAUUUUCCCAAGAAAAUGGCCUUAAUCCAGUGUGUCAACCUGAGUAUUAACCUACAGAAAAGUAAUGUAAGUACAUGACAUGAAAUGUACGAAAAAAAAAAAAGGUGCAAUAAAACAGAAUGAUCAACA